CCCACGUCUCCUGUAAUAGUGUACCACUUUUUGCCUUUCAUCAUUUAGCCUUUUAGUUUUUACUAAACAUUUUAAUAAGAUUAUUUUUUUCAUACUUAUUAUUUACCUAUUUAAUUAUAUACGUAUUAGGUUAAAUACUUAAAUAUCAAUUGUAAGAAUAUUUAAUUGUUUACUGUAUAUGUUACAGUCAUAAUAUUUAAGUCAAAUGCUAACUACAGAUGGAUACAAAUAUUGGGGUCCUCGAGAAUGCUGUCAUACAGGUGGUGGUCGAGAGUGUUACGCCGGAUAUGAUUGUAGUGUCAUAUACUGCCAUAAAUGGGUCUGUUUACCAAGGCAUACUGUUGAACAAUGUCAAAAGACGUUUUCCAUGUGGAAGUGUUCCUAUGACAAAACCUCCACUAUCGCCCAGAAAUUUAAAGACUGAAUCUGAUAAUGACAUUUUAUAUUCUGUAAGUCAACGUUUUACUUAUUUUCAAAACACCCCAAACACAUCAAAAAAAAUUCCUAGUAAAACUAAAAAAGUGAGAAAACCCAUGACUGUCCGUCUAAGACCUCGUGAAGUUCUAUGUUCAAAAUGUAAAUCAAACUGUACUGAAAAUUCAGGCAAUGUUGAAACCUCCAAAGAUCUUGUCAAAAAUGAAAUUAGUAAAAUUCCUGAAAAUAAUGGAGAAAAGAGAUUAUUACGGAGUCAUGGACCUGUUCCAGAUUUUCCUAUAAAAUCAUCAGAUUCUGUAUCGACUGUAUCUCAAGUUAAAUCUAUGUGCCGUACCCUAAUACCUAAACUUGUUAAAAUUAAAUCAAGAGAAAUAAAAGAGGCACUUAAUAAUUAUUCAACAUUCACUGAACUAGAUCAAUGGGUAGGUAACAAAAAAGACUGUGAAGAUGACUGUGAUAUUGAAGAAAAAAUGGUGUUACGAAAAAAACCUAGCAUUGGAUCAAUGGAAGAUCUAUGGGAUGAAACAGCAUUUGAAGAAACUAAAAAAACACCAAUCAUAAAAAUAACAUUUGGAUCUCAAGGUGAAGGUACAGUUAUGGAAAUACCAUCUCGUCAAGCUGAUGGAGAUAGUGAACCAGAUAAACUUUUACGUAAAAGGGCAAAGCGUAGAAGACAAGAUGGAGAAAAAAGAAAAAAACAUAAGAAAAGACAUAAAGAACAAGAGGAUGAAUUAGAAAUGAAUAAUUUCUCAAUAAAUUUAAAUAAUUUUAAUUCUAAAGAGGAAUAUUGUACAAGAAAAGAAACUAAUAGUUCUGAAUCAAUUAAUAACGUAAAUGGCGAACACUCUGAUGAUGAUAUUGAAUCAAAUAGUUCACCUGAACUUGUAAUGCCUCAGACAGAGACAUCAGACUCUAAUUCUUUUUUUGUAUUGAAAUCGGGUAAAAUUCUACAUGAAGGCGAUGUUGUUUGGGGAAAAGUAAAAGGAUUUCCUUGGUGGCCAGCAAAGGUAUCAAAUUUUACUACAAGUAAUGGUGAAGAAAAUGGGUCAUUUGUUAAUGUCACUUGGUUUGGUUCUUCUACUACAUCUUUUCUUAAUUGCGAACAGAUUAAUCCAUUUUUAGAUUUUUACAAGUCUCGAUUUAACAAACACAAGAAAACAAGUAGUUAUAAAGAAGCUAUCAAACAAGCAAUGGCUGUAGCAAAACAACAACAAAAUACAACCAACCAAAAUACCAGUUGAUAACUAUAUUUCAUUAACAUAUACCAAAGAGUGAACAAUACUAAAAAAUCAAAGUUGUCAUCUCAGUUACCAUUUGCACACUUCAAAUUAUUCCCAUUUUAAUUUUGGUGAAUGUUUUUUAAUGUGUACACAUUUUUAUUUGUUAUUUAACAUAUUUUAUUUGUUAUUACA